GGAAUCCGAGGUGGCGACUGUGUCUGUCAUCAAUUCCACCUGAUCCCCUUCGCACCGCCUCCCGUGUUCAAAUUCGAACCGCCUCCCGGUCCCCGGCCCCAACGGUCGCCGUCUUCCCCAAUCCCCCACCGCUCGUCUCGUCGAACCACACCCACACCCCGACUCCGAAUACCUAAUUCGAGCUCCAGCCGCCUCGCCGCUCGCGCAACCCUCGCCGUGAUCCUCUCUCCGAUGGCGGCCGCCGCCACAUCCGCUCGAUCCGCCGCGCCCUCUUCGCAGCCGGUGCGCGUCGUGCUGCGCGUGCGCCCGUUCCUCCCGUCGGAGGCCACCUCUGCGGCGGCGCCCUGCGUCUCCCUCCUCGGCAGCCACCCCGGCGGCGAGGUCACCGUCCAACUCAAGGACCAGCACACCAGCCGGAGCGAGCAUUAUAAGCUGGAUGCAUUCUUCGGUCAAGAGGACAGCAUCAGCCAGAUAUUUGACCGGGAGGUCAGCGCAGUGAUCCAGGGCAUAUUCGAGGGGGUCAAUGCCACGGUCUUCGCCUACGGGGCAACAGGCAGCGGCAAGACAUACACGAUGCAGGGCACCGAGGAUUUUCCCGGGCUCAUACCCUUGGCUGCUUCAACAGUACUGGCACUUUGCACAGGCACAUGGUGUUCUGUGGAGAUAUCGUACUAUGAGGUGUACAUGGAGCGGUGCUAUGACCUGCUGGAGCCCAAAGCCAAGGAGAUUAUGGCCUUGGAUGACAAAGACGGUAAUAUGCAGCUGAAGGGCUUGAGCUGGGUCCCUGUGCGAUCUAUGGAGGAAUUCCAGGAGCUCUAUUCCAUAGGUGUGCAGAGGAGAAAAGUUGCCCACACUGGACUGAAUGACGUUUCCAGUCGGAGCCAUGCUGUGCUCUCUCUCAGGGUCAGCGCUGAUGUUGUGAAAGGGAGGAUUAACCUGAUUGACUUGGCAGGUAGCGAGGACAAUAGAAGGACUUUCAAUGAGGGGAUCCGCCUUCAAGAAAGUGCUAAGAUCAACCAGUCAUUGUUUACAUUGUCCAAUGUAAUUUCAGCUCUAAACAAGAAUGAGCUCCGCAUACCCUAUAGAGAGAGCAAAUUGACCCGCAUACUACAAGAUUCUCUAGGAGGCAGUAGUCGUGCUGUGAUGAUAGCAUGCCUGAAUCCUGCAGAAUACCAGGAGUCUGUCAAUACAGUAAGUCUGGCUGCUCGUUCACGCCACAUUGGGAAUUUCACAAGUUCAGCAAGCAAGCAAGAAACCCCCAAGGUCAAGGUUGACAUGGAAGCAAAAUUACGGGCCUGGUUGGAAUCAAAGGGGAAAACAAAGAGCAUUCAAAGAAUGGAUGGUCUUUUCUCCCCAAUUGCCAGCAAGACUCCGUUUUCUGUUAGCCAUAUGAAGCAACCAGCAUCUUCCAGAAUCUCUUGUAGAUCUAAGGCAAUGGAUCAAGAUGGUGGCAAAAUCAAGAAGAUUCUUUUCGAUCCAGAAGUCCAUGUACCCACUGAAAAAAUACCACGAGAGCACAUGCAAAAUGAAGUAAAUACACCGAAGAAAGUGCUUCCUUCAGUAACUCAAUGCAAAGAAAAGCAUGAAGCUUCUCUCAGGAAAGCUCUUUCGCCAAUUUCUUCAAAUGUGGUGCCUACGAACCAGCAAAUAUCUGAUAAUGUUAACCGCGCCAUUUUAUUGGAGCCCCAAACUCCAAAAGAAACAUCUAAAAUCGAGAAGAUUCCCGGUGCAACACUGCUAGAUAAAUUCAAUGCGCUAGGUUCUAACUUAAAGGAAGCUCUUGUCCAGCAGUACCUUGACUUCUUAAAUGUUGCAAACAAGGAAGAGUUACAGCAGCUGAAAGGAAUUGGCGUGAGGAGAGCAGAAUAUAUUCUUGAAUUACGGGAGGAAUCACCAACACCAUUCAAAACUCUUGCGGAUUUGGAAAACAUCGGCCUGUCAUCAAAACAGAUCCAAGACAUCCUUAGGAAGACGGCCUCUGGAAUCUUCAAAUGAUGACCAAAAUUGAUGUUCCAGAGUAAUGAAGUAACAGCAUUGAGUUUUUCCUUAAAAAUGAUCACCAAAAUGGAUGUUGCGUUACAGUCUUGGGCUGCCGGUAAAGUUAGUUCAGUCUUGCGUUUGGUGACUAGGCAAUGUCCUGCUGCUUCUCUCAUCUAGAUCGUGUACCUUUCGCCUUUCGGCAUGUCUGUAGAAUUGUAGUUGAACAGCUAAUUAUAGGAGUUGUGCUGCCACUUUACAUGGAGCAAUGAAUUUCGGCAUGUCUUUGUUGCUGAAUAUUACGGGAACAUGUUUCUGAAAUGCUCUCUGUGAUGUACUUUCUUUUCUCUUUCUUUUUGAAGCAC